AUGGAGGAGCGGGUACAAACACAAGGUUCAAAUAAAGCGAAUGCUACGGAUCGUAUGGCGAAGUUACUGGCCAUGGCAAAACCGCAAAAGAUCAGUAACACCAUCCCGAUAGUAAGAUACUACAGAAGUAUGAUAGAGGCUCAUCGAAUGGCAGUGUCUUAUAUGAACAGCCAAGAUUUGGAAAGAGCUCUUGUAUUGCUUAUUCGUUUUUGCAGAGAUCAUAUUCAGGCCGAAGAAAUUAAGCGGUCAUUACGGUUAAAGUUUGAAAAUGAAGCUGCAGAAGCCAAGAAAUCCAUCCACCAGGCUGGACAGGAAUUCGAAAAUGCUAGCAUUGCUCACGUACCUGAGGGGUCGAGUGCUUUUGUUUCAUCAGCCGAGACUAUUGCUAUUCGUAUAAUUAAUCCGGGCGUCAACACAAGUGACAUAUCCUUUCCUGGACUCAGUGCGCCCUCGAGUUCCACAAAUAUCACAAAUCUUUCGACAAAGCGUGGUGAAACUCCGUCUGCUCCCCACAUAGAUCGGAGUAAUAAGCCCAAUAAUGUGUUCCAUUCUGUGUGUGGUGCCGUGAGCAAUAGAGUUGUGUUAAUUCCUGGUGACUUAAUUAAGAAAUUCUUGAUUUGCGCUGAGGACAACACACUGAGAAAUAUAGAGACUUGUGGGACUUUGUGUGGAACUAUUAUAGGUUGUGAAUUAGUUGUUUCGCAUGUGAUUCUCCCAAAACAAACAGGGGCAUCCGAUGGUUGCUAUGCUGAAGGAGAGGAAGAGGUGUUUGCAUAUCAGAACAAGCACGAUCUUAUAACGUUGGGUUGGAUCCACACUCAUCCUUCGCAAACGGCUUUCCUGUCGUCCGUUGACCUUCAUACACAUUGCGCCUAUCAAAUAAUGCUUAACGAGGCAAUAGCCAUUGUUUGUGCUCCUACACACAACCAAGUCGGUACGUUCGUGCUAUCAUCGUAUGGGAUGAGUGUGGUAGAGUCUUGCACGAAGGCAGGUUUUCAUCUUCAUCCGGACGCCGAGAAGCUUUUUUUGGAAGCAGAGCAUGUCAGAUACUCUGGCGAUCUCAGUAUUACUAUUGUUGAUAUGAGACAUUAA